AUAUCACUCACACACACACACACAUAUAAUAUAUACAUACAUAUACAUGUGUACCCCCCACCCCCCAAAUAUUUGUUGUCAAAAUCUAUCGGUUUCAAAAGUCGUUUUCUCUUUGUUGCUUCUCAUUCAUUCAUUUUCUCCCCCAUAACGUCUUGUAAAAAAGUUUUAACUCCUUUUUUAGGGCUUCCCAAUUAUUGUCUUCAAUUUUGUUCAUAUACCUAAUUCCCCUACCUUCAUAGUCUGAUCAUUUCAAGCUUUCGAACAGAAAAAAACGAUUAGUACAUAUAUCUCUCUUUUCUCUCUCUUUAUACGAAAAUUCAUUGAAUACUGAAACUCACAAAAGAGCAUCAUCAUUUUCUGUCUACUCACUCACCAAUGGAAGAUCAUCAAAAGGAGCUACAUUUUCUGUCUACUCACCAAAACGCACCAAAUUCUUCCUCCUGGCCAUCCGAUUCCUCCGGCAACAUAAUCCGAUCAUCGGAAUCGAUCGAACCUCCUUCGUUAGACCUACAACUCUCAAUCAGCGUACGACGACCAAUAAAACCAUCAUCAACUCACAAUCAAGGUAUAUUAAUUCGACCUGCAUCACUCAACCACGAUCACAAUCAGUACAGCACCGAUGUCCGGUUCGACUCGGGGUACGUUGAAGCCCUUAAAUGGCAAGCCGCGGAGCAAAUACGGCUGGCAGCCAUUGAAAAAGCGUACGCGGAACGUGUGAGGGAGCUUACAAGAAGAGAAAUAGAGCUGGCUCAGUCGGAAUUCGCACGUGCGAGGAGUAUGUGGGAAAGGGCAAAAGAGGAAGUUGAAAGAGCAGAAAAGUUGAAAGAAAGAGCAACUCGUAGGAUUGAUCCUACGUGCAUGGAAGUUACUUGCCACUCUUGCAGUCAAAAAUUUCGACCUCAUUAAAAUUUUAUUAUUAUUGAGGGGGGAAAAUAAAAAAUAAGAUGUUAAUUAA